GCGCUCACAGCUUAAAACCGGAAAAGCAGGAGGAAAGCACGAGACUCGACUGUUAAAUGUUCUUGAACGCACCACGGCUACUGUAAACACCGUCCAGUUCCGGUUGUGUCAAUCAACGUAUCGCGGGGAAGUAAAAGUCCUUCCACUCGACAACGGUUCUUUCACGUCAGGUGAUCCGUGUCUUGACAGUAUGAAUCAGAGCAAAGGACCCCGUGACAAUGUCGAGGAGGUUACGAAACUGGUUUGUCAUGAAGCCGACCUGCGUGAUGGCCAGAUGAAAGAAGUAUCUCUGGGAGACCACAAGGUGUUGCUUGUCCGCACCGAGGGUCACUACAGUGCAGUCGGAAGUCAGUGCUCUCAUUAUAACGCCCCCCUGGUUAAAGGAGCAUUGGUUGGUAACAAGGUGAGAUGUCCCUUUCAUGGUGCUUGCUUCAAUGUGAAAACUGGAGAUAUUGAGGAGUAUCCAGGUCUGGACUCUCUGCCUUGCUACAAGGUCAACGUACAAGAAGGAAAGGUGUACGUUUCUGUCAACAUAAAGACUCUGUCGCUGACGAAAAGAGUGAAGGAAAUGUGUAGCAUUUCACCGCACAUCAACCGCACUAUCCUGCUCAUAGGAGGGGGCCCUGCUGCUCUGGUGUGCGCUGAGACGCUGCGUCAGAACUGCUACCAAGGUCGAAUCGUCAUGGUCACCAAAGACACUUUACCGCCGUUUGACAAGCCCAAAUUGAGUAAGGCUUUGAAUGUGGACAGCAGCAGCAUCAUCCUCCGCUCGAGUGACUUUUUUCAACAAUAUGGGAUAGAAGUGCGGACACAGCAAGAGGCGGUGACUUUAAACACACGAGAUAAAACAGUGAAGAUGAAAGAUGGCGCUUUGCUGCAUUAUGAUCAGGUCCUCAUCUCAACAGGCUGCAGAGCAAGGCCACUCAGUUGUCCCGGUAGUGACCUGAAAGGAGUUAAGUUGCUGGAGAGUUACGAAGACGCUAAAGAGAUCCAUGCUUCCUGCAUGGGCAGCAAGGCUGUUGUCGUUGGAGCAUCCUUCAUAGGUAUGGAGGUGGCAUCCUAUCUAGCAGACAAAGCAUCUAGUGUGGCCGUUGUCGGAACCACCAGAUAUCCCUAUGAGCGCUCUCUGGGUUCCCAGAUUGGCCAGAUGACCAUGCAAAUGUUGGAGGAACAUCAUGUGACGUUUUACAUGAACGACAGCGUCGCUGAGAUCAGAGGGGAAAACGGCUCAGUGAAAGAGGUGGUGCUGAAGAGUGGCGCAGUUCUGGAAGCUGAUGUGGUGAUUGCAGGAAUAGGUGUGAUUCCCAAUUCAGAUUUCCUAACUGGAAGUGGAGUGGAGGUGGAUUCCAGAAGGGCAGUCAUUGUAGACAAGUUCAUGAAGACCAAAGUAGCAGAUGUUUUUAGCGCGGGGGACGUCACCUCCUUCCCUCUGACUAUUCGAGGUGAUCACAUGGUCAAUGUUGCUCACUGGCAAAUGUCACAAGCCCAAGGAAGAGUUGCCGCCCUCAAUAUGUUAAAUAAACCAACCAAAAUUGAGUCUGUUCCUUUUUUCUGGACUGUGUUGCUUGGGAAAAGUAUCAGAUACACAGGGUAUGGGGAAGGCUACACAGAAAUCCUAUUCAAAGGCAAAGUGGAGGAAAGAAAGUUCCUGGCGUUUUAUAUUAAAGAUGAGGCGGUGGUGGCGGCGGCCAGCCUAAUGUUUGAUCCCGCUGUGGCUAAACUGGCGGAAUUGAUGGCAACAGGCCAGCGCAUCACAAGAGCACAGGCUCAAUCUGAAGACCUGACCUGGCUCCAAGGUGUCUGAAUUGCCCUCUCACUGACAAAGGAUAUCGUCUUGACCCAUCAAUUAUCUAAUCUUCCAGACUGGCAGUUGAUUCCUAUUAUAUACUAUACUGCAAUCCACAAUAUACUUUCUGAAGAUGCAUUAGUGUACUGUAGUCAUAAGAAGAUCAGGUAAAACAAGAAACAUGCAAGUAAUGAUUUUGUUUACAUUUGCCGUUUGCUUGAACUCAGUUUAGUCUCAUGUCUAGUGUGUUACUGAUAUCAUGACAAGGCUGACAAUUUGACAGUCGAAAUAUCACUAAUACUCAGGUUGUAAACUGCUCCAAUUUUGCAGUCAAUGGUCUUUCAUGAUGAUUAUUUAUUAAAGUGACGAUAACUAA